AUCUAUUUAUUUUAAAGGUGCUUGUAUUUUAGGAACCAUCAUUGUACGUGUGCUUAUGUUCCCUUUGGUCAUUAUUUCACAGAGAAAUGCAGCCAAAAUGAAUAAUUACAUGCCACAAAUGCAAAUACUUCAAUUGAAGAUGACAGAGGCUCGACAAAUUGGAAAUCACUUAGAUGUUGCUCGAUAUUCUCAAGAACUUAUGGCAUUUAUGAAAGAAAAAGGACUCAAUCCUUUUAAAAAUAUGCUUGUUCCUCUAGCCCAAAUGCCACUUUUCAUUUCAUUUUUUAUGGGACUACGGCAAAUGGCGAAUGUACCUGUGGAUAGUUUGAGAGAAGGUGGAAUGUUAUGGUUUACCGAUUUGACUUUACCUGAUCAAUACUACGGCUUACCCCUUAUAACUAGUUUCACUUUAUGGGUUACAAUAGAAGUAAUUUAUUUAUGUACCAUUAUAAAAAUGUACAUUAUCCCGGCAUAUGUUUAUUAAUU